AUUUCUGAGGAAAACAUGGUGGGUUCGAGCGUUUCUGGUGCUGAUGAUGUGUUCAAACUCACUUACUUGGAGGGCAAUAGUUGGCUGUGGGAUGUCGGUGGGUUGAAAAUUUUGGUUGAUCCAAUCUUGGUUGGUAACUUGGAUUUUGGUAUUCCCUGGCUUUAUGAUGCCGCCAAGAAGUUUCUGAAGAAUUUCCAGCUUUCUGAUCUUCCUGAAGUAGAUUGCUUAUUGAUUACACAAAGUCUAGAUGACCACUGCCAUUUAAAGACUUUGAAACCACUUUCUCAAAAGUUUCCGAAUCUUAGAGUCAUAGCAACUCCAAAUGCAAAGACCCUGUUGGAUCCCCUUUUCCGUAAUGUCACUUACUUAGAACCUGGUCAGAGCUCUGAAAUUGAAGCGAGCAAUGGUUCUCAAGCUAAAGUUCGGGCUACACCAGGGCCAGUUCUUGGUCCUCCUUGGCAGCGCCCUGAGAAUGGGUAUCUUGUCACUUCCUCCCAAGGACAGUUGACUCUUUACCAUGAACCCCACUGUGUUUACAACAAGACUCUUCUGGAGAAGGAACAGGCUGACAUUGUCAUUACACCCGUUACAAAGCAGCUUCUACCAUUUUUUACAUUGGUUUCCGGACAAGAAGAUGCAGUUCAACUUGCCAAGAUGCUUUGUGCCAAGUUUAUUGUGCCCAUGAGAAAUGGAGAUCUUGACAGCAAAGGACUUCUCACUAGCCUAAUUCAGUCUGAAGGAACAAUAGCAUCAUUCAAGGAGCUUUUGUCAAGGGAGCUGCCGGAUGCAGAGGUACUAGAGCCUACUCCUGGUGUGCCGCUACCUAUCUCAGCACCUUUAAAACUUUCAUGAUGUGUUUUUGAAUGAAAUAAUUGUCUUCCAAACUUUUUAUAAAUUGAAAUUUUAUUUACUAGGAAUUCCUAAUAUUUGGUCGUAUGGGCCAGUAAGCUUUGGACAUUUGUUGGGCUGUUUCUUAGCUUCUUAAGGGCAGAGUUUAUCAACUUGUAUAUAUAUAUAGAACAACAACGCUGCUAGGUCCACCGAAAAAUCAGCCGCCCGAAUUGCCCGAAUUAGGUGUCAAAGUUUGCUACCAAUUGAGGCCCAUUUGCUACAUGUAUAUGUGAAACACCCGCACAACAAAA